AUGAAUAAGUUUGUACUAUCGUUCAUUUUACCUGCCUUGAUGGCGAUGGCAUCAGCUGCCCCUAAUUUGCGUCCACUGCAAGGUCGAGCUGCUGAAUUGGCUGCGACACGCGCCUUACCAGCUGUAGAUUUUGAAGAAGUCCGCGAUAAAUAUGGACAGUUCGCACUGCGUUAUAUUACAGAAGAAGGUAUUGUAGUAUCAGAACGCGGCCGCCUGGUGCCAAACCUGGAAGGUGAUGGAUAUGUCCUCAUCACCGAAGGAGAGAUCUCAUAUAUCAGUGAUGACGGAAAAACGUAUGUCACAAAAUUCACUGCCGGUAUCGAUGGAACCCACAUGGAAGGGAACCAUAUCCCUACAACUCCAAAGCCAAUUGCUGCAGCCCCAGCGUUAAGCCCUGAAGAACCAGAACCUGUCCCAAUAACGCAAGAAGUUGAGUCGAAUAAUGAAGAAGAUAUUUAG